AUGUUCAACUACGAACAGCAGGUAACAGCGAAGGGUGCAGGGCUGCUUACAACGAACAGUGAGAAGGCCAUCGGUCCCAAACAAACAAGUUACAAUGAGCUAAGACAUUCAGGGGCGGGAUAUGCGUUGGUAGACUUUUACGAUCAGGUAGCCCGAGAGAAGGACCUCACAGUUGAGAGAGAGGACUUACAGUACGUGGCCAUGGAAGCAGCCAACAAGGCCGCAAACUGGUCCUUAAACGAGCUUAGGCGCACACUACCUGCACAGCCGGGCUUCGAACGGAGCGAUGCCAUCUAUUCAUUUUCAAAACAUCGGAGAGCAAAGCUGGGAGCCUCGGGACUGACCUUGAUCCUCCUGGCGAAGAUUGAAGCCACGAUGCCAGGCUCGAUCAAAACGAAGGAUAUGAAAGCUUUGGCCAACUUCAUCGUGGCGAUGCAAACGGAAAGUGGGCAGUUCUGGAGCUUCUACGUUGAUGGCGAUGGUCCCAGCCACAAACCGAAUCGAUCGCUAUACUAUCCAGGCGAAGCGAUGCUGGGUCUGAUGUACUUCUACAAUCUCUUUCCAGAUCCGAUGUACCUUGAGACCACCACGUCGGGAAUCAUCUCGCUCGCCAGGGAGCGUGCGGCACAACCCAUGUCAGAUAUUCCCAUCGACCAUUGGCUGCUAAUUGCAGUGCGUGAGUGGGUACCCGCCCAUCGCAGGUCUGACCGAUACAAUCCCAAAGUGGAGCAGGAGGUCAUGACGUCUAUCGAAAGAAUAGUCAAUGCUACGCUUUGUCAAAUGCCCUUACAUACCAUGGGAUCUGCACCUGUGGCAACGCGAAUGGAGGGUAUGCAGGCCACGAUGUUCUAUCUGCCUUCGCUGCAGGGCGACACUUGCACCCCAUACAAAACCAUGGUCCAAAAGUCUAUUUCUCACGGUGUGAACUUACUGCUGGACUCCCAAAUAAGACCUUUGAAUAAUGAAUACUUAGCCGGUGGUUGGCUCGGGUCGGUCAAACCCAUUGCUGAGCUCCAAAAGAGCAAGCGCCUGAACGUCCGAAUUGACUUUCCCCAGCACGCUUUAUCAGCAAUAGUCCGCCAUUGGCAACUCAUCGACGCAGAGCGCUUAAACUGUCAAGAGGGUGUGUCUGAUGACACUUUUGCAACGCUAUUAGCAGCCCAUGCUACCACUUGCAAUGCCGCACCCACGAAGAGUCGACCUUUAGAGAGACCAAGACCUAGGUAGACGGUAGACUCUGCUUUGUAACUAGAUAUCAAAGAUCAGUUUCGAUUCCGUUGCAAUUGUAUAUUGAGCGAGAUCGGAACUUAUACCGCCCCGAUAGCGGAUAGCCGCUGCUUCCGAAAUGAUCGUUCCUGAUGUCUUAUAUCUUUAAGGCUGCGUGAUCGGACCAUAUACCGAAUCGUAAUCGAUGUCGUUUCAAGAUCUUAAAUAGGGAAUGGCACGGUUGAAAUACUGAUAGAACCCUGCCCUGAUUGCGUCCAUCUUGCGAGUUUCCAGUACAAGUAUGCGCAAGACUGAGAGGUGAGGAAAUUGGCGCUCGAGGUUACAUAGCAUAUUCUACAAACAUAGCCACUCUGAUAUCUAAUCGACAGGAUGUGAUGCUGCAUUGAGUUUUAACACGGCUAUAACUUGGAUCAGCCUUCCCAAAAUAUACGAAGAGCGGACCAGUGUGUGAUCCUAACCAGAAUUAGGGGCAGAUUCCGGGUUGAUCACAUGCGUUCCUGCCCGAUUAGUGCUGAGUAUGAUUCCCGGUGAGUGUAUAUCGGCUGCAUGAACGUUUAGAUGGAAGUGAUCGACGAAUGCUGCGUAGCGAUGGGCAGAAAAUGGAAGAACUCGGAACGUCUACAGUAAGUACGCGUGAAUCCCGCAUAAUGGACCUCUCAAUAGCAUCAUUGCUAAGGAC